UAGCGUAUUUCCCUCAACAAAUUCACCCUCGGGUUCACCGACACCGAGACAUAUCAUUCACACAAGAGGCGCGUUGGCGGCAGUUGGAGCAAGUACUACACAGAAUAAUCAUGAUCAAUGUGAUGCGUGUGGCUAUGGAGGACGCCUGAUGUGUUGUGACUCUUGUCCGAAGGCGUUUCAUUUUACGUGCCUGGUGCCUCCCCUCGAUGUUGACAAUCCUCCAAAAGGUAAUUGGUAUUGUCGAGAAUGCAGUUCUGAUAAGGUAUCACCAUCGAUGCCAGCACAAGGCCCUUUCCAGGAACUAAUAUAUAAAGCACGUUGCUCGAAUCCCAAAUCUUUUUCACUACCUGAUCACAUUCGUUAUGCAUUCGAAGAUGUCGGCACCGGUUCUCAUGGAGAAUACAUUGACUUGAACAAAGUAAAGCCUGAACAAAGAGAUCGAAAUGGAUUCCUACUAGAACCUGAUCAUACCCGUAUCUUAGAUGAAAACGGAAAGCUUAUUCGUUGUUUUUCUUGCAAGCUUCCACCAAGCAAGGCGAAACUUGUCAUGUCUUGCGAUUACUGUGAUCUUCAUUGGCAUUUCGAUUGUUUAGAUCCCCCACUGGUGAUUCCCGCGCCACCUAACAAGAGAUGGAUGUGUCCUUGUCAUGUGGAUCAUGCACUGCCUCCACUGCGAAGAUUAGCCUCUGAAAAUAAUUUAUCUUCUAUCGAUAACACUGUCAUCGAACAUCCACCACAAAAAAAAUUCCAGAUUGAUUGUGACCCAGAAUUUUACCUGAACGAUGCAUUACACAAGCUACCGAAAAAUGGCAAUUCUGAUGAAGACGAAGAUGAAAAGUCUAACGAUCACGAAGAUCGUUCUGAUUCCUCAGAAAAAAAGGUUGCGCAAAAGUCUUUGACAAACGAUCUCGAAGAUCUUAAAAAAUCAGACGAUAGCAACGAACUUCAAACAGAUACAAAAGAAACAUCACUAAACAAUAAUGAAGCGGUUAUAGGAGAACCGCAUGGUACCAAAAGAACGAAUGAAACUACCGAAUCUUCAGAAUCCAUUUCUAUCAAGAAAACACGCCAAUACGAGAAGGAACAAGGUGAAUCCUCUUGUGCCGUUGCAGACACCUCAGCGAUUGAUUCAUCGAAAAGCGAUGUGGAAGAUAAUAAUGAUCAACCGAAACAAUCAUUGACCAAAUUAUCUUCUUCGCACAGUGCGAUCGAAGAAAGGUUGGGGAUAGACGAAGAGAUUUACAAACAGAAUCCUUUACGUCUAUUGAUGGAA